AAAUUUCAAUCAGCGAGUUUAAAAUUUUGUUUUUAGAAAUUUUAGCUUAAUUAGUGAAAAAUGUUUCAUAAUAUUUUAAUGACGUCGCUGACAACUCCUUUGGGACAAUUAGACGAGAAUACUGGGUGGGAAAAUAGGCCAUUUACCACCAUAUGGCCCGAAAGACAGCAACAGAAAAUAAAAGGUCCGGAAAUUAUAAAAACCAUCAAGAAGAAGAAACGUAUCCGUACAGCCUACACGACAGAACAACUAUGGGCAUUGGAGAAAACAUUUCUCCAGAUCAAAUACAUAGAUAGAGAAACACGCAGAACGCUUUCGAGGCGCUUAAACAUUUCCGAUAAGUCCAUCAAAGUCUGGUUUCAAAAUCGAAGGAUGAAGGAAAAACGGAGUUCCGAAUCUAGCGAUUAUUCUGAGAGUUGCGCGUCAUCGCCUCCGGAACCUAUUGUGACGGAACACACGGAUGUUAUUCAAGCAACUGCUAGCAGCAGUAAUGAAAUUAUUUUCAACGCACAGCCUGAAUAUUACUCGAUCAAUUUAGAGAAGCCUCAAACGUCUCAUAUUGCCCCUCAACUACCUCAAAUUACCCUUCAACCAUCUCAAAUUACCCUUCAACCAUCUCAAAUUACCCUUCAACCAUCUCAAAUUACCCCCCAAACAAGAGAAGAUGCAACACAGUAUCAAUUCCCAGAUUAUCAAUUUAACGCUCGUUAUGUAAAUAACUAUACAUCUCCUGAAUCAAGGGCUUUCUUUUACGAUACAAGUGCAUAUCCCACUGAAUACUACCCAACGGGGUUUGAAAAUCACUCAUACAACCCAUAUGCACAACACGGUUCAUGGCUUGACAAUUAUGAUAUGAGCUACUUAAAAUAGUAACUCUUUCUCAUGCAUCUGGAGGCAGAGAAACCUUAUCUUUAAUACAUGAAUUUAUAGGUCUGAUUUCUGUGCUGACCGUUAUGUUCAAGCAAAAGUAUAGCUAUUUUUAUUGGAUCUUAUAGCCUGUGCUAAUUCCACAAGAAAUAGGCGUAAUAGUAUAAGCUAAUAAAUAAAACUCAAUGUGCACGAGUACCUAUAUAGAUAGAUAUAAGAUUGUAAAUAUGUAAAUUUUGUGUAGAAU